CUCUCUCCAAAUCUGUAAUUUCGGAGUGGGUUUAUUUUCGGCCCCGGGCUUUGUACGGCGCGGCUGCCUGUCUGUCUUGCUUGGUUCCAGGCAGCCUCCUCCUCCUCUGCCUCCCUCCGCCUCCGGGUCCUCUUCUCAGCCCAACUUUGGAUGAGGAGCCCGGCUGGGGCUGGAGAUGGAGCUGCCCCUGCUCCUCCUCCUCCUCCUCUUCCUCCUCCUCGGAGCCAGGGCUAUGAACGACAUUGGAGAUUAUAUCGGGUCCAAUGUAGAAAUCUCCUGGCUGCCCAAUUUGGAUGACUUGAUGAAAGGCUACGCCCGGAAUUUCAGGCCUGGGAUCGGAGGCCCUCCUGUGAACGUGGCCCUAGCCAUUGAAGUUGCCAGCAUUGACCACAUCUCCGAAGCCAAUAUGGAAUACACCAUGACUGUUUUCCUGCAUCAGAGCUGGCGGGACGACCGGCUGUCCUACAACCACACCAACGAGACUCUGGGCCUGGACAGUCGCUUUGUGGACAAGCUCUGGCUGCCGGACACCUUCAUCGUCAACGCCAAGUCGGCCUGGUUUCACGACGUCACCGUGGAGAACAAGCUCAUCCGGUUGCAGCCGGACGGGGUCAUUCUGUACAGCAUCAGGAUUACCUCGACAGUGGCCUGCGACAUGGACCUUACGAAAUAUCCCAUGGACGAUCAGGAAUGCAUGCUCGAUUUGGAAAGCUAUGGCUAUGCCUCCGAGGAUAUUGUCUACCGCUGGUCCGAAAACCAGGAUCAGAUCCAUGGGUUGGACAAGCUGCAGCUCGCCCAGUUCACCAUCACGAGUUACCGCUUCACGACAGAAGUCAUGAACUUCAAAUCUGCUGGCCAGUUUCCCCGCCUGAGCCUCCACUUCCACUUGAGGAGGAACCGAGGGGUCUACAUCAUCCAGUCCUACGUGCCUUCCAUCCUCUUGGUUGCAAUGUCUUGGGUUUCGUUCUGGAUCAGCCAGUCUGCUGUGCCUGCCCGGGUGUCCUUAGGUAUCACGACCGUCCUGACCAUGACCACCCUGAUGGUGAGUGCUCGCUCGUCACUCCCCAGAGCGUCCGCCAUCAAAGCCUUGGACGUCUACUUCUGGAUCUGCUACGUCUUUGUCUUUGCGGCGCUGGUGGAAUAUGCCUUUGCCCAUUUCAACGCGGACUACAUGAAAAAGCAAAAGGACAAACUCAAGAGCAGCCGACAGAUGGAAGAGGUGAACGUCAAGAACGCCAUUGUGAUGUUUUCCCUUUCGAUCGCCGGCGUGAACCAGGAACUAGCCGUUUCCAACCGGCAACGCAGAGUCCCCAAAAACCUCCCCGGCGGCUCCUCGGAAGUCGAAACGGGGGAGACGAAAAAGCCGCAAGAGGCGAAACCCGAGAAAAAAACGGGCCUGAAGUCCCUCUUCAAGCCCAUCGACGCCGACACCAUCGAUAUCUACGCCAGGGCGGUUUUCCCAGCAGCCUUUGCCGCCGUCAACGUCAUUUACUGGGUGGCGUAUACGAUGUGAUGGAAGAAAAGAACGGGAUUAAUAAUCCCAGCAGAAUCUUGCAUGGUGGGAUCUCGCUUUGGGCUGCUUCUUCAGAUAAUGACAAGCUUUAUUUAUUAUAUUCAGAAAGACUAGGAGCGGAUUACAGUUUACAUAUAUAAGGCAAUGAUUCA